UUACACAGCUGCUUCGGUUUGUGCUGGAAAUCGGGUGUGGCUAAUGCAAAGACCGAGCAUUUGGGCAACGAGGCAGCGUUACCGGAAUGCUGGACUCCAUGGACGCCAAUUCUCCGCUGCGCAAUCGUCACGGCUGUGGUCCGGGAAGGAUACGUAGUAGCCACACAAGACUUAGUGUGUAUAGGCGCAGACGGCAUAAAAGAGCCGAUCAACAACUGCUGCCUGGCUCAGGCAGCUUGGAGAAUUUGAAAGGGGUUACCGUCGGCGACGUCCAUCAUCAUGGUGUUGGCGGUCAUGCUUCUUCAGCGCACACGCUUGGAGAACCUCCUCUCGAGAAGAGUAGGUUGUUGACCAUGGAUGGUGCCACGUCGUCCUCCGCGAGCGCCCACUCAGCGCCGACUCCUCCAUUUGCCCCUCCAUCAAGUGCUUACUCGUGGGGCUUCAGUCUGUGUUCCUCGAGCAGUCAUCCAUGCCCUUCGCAAGGACCAAACCCCAUUACCGACCGUAGUACGGGUUCGUUUGGGCCUGCAGCCGCUGUCCACCUCCCCGGGAACUUAGGAGGACAACGCCCUGUCGGCGCUGUCGCCUAUGAGUGCAACAUAGGGACCAAACAGAAUGAAGAUGGUCAUCGGCAUGGACCAGGUGGUGACGGCCACAGACAAGUCGAAGAAGACAGCGAUGGCGAAGUUUGUCUUAUAGACAUGCAGUCCGUCGAGCACUAUAGAGUUUCCUCCGAGUCGGACCAGGCUCGAGCUGACCAUAGGGUACAGUGGAAUCUCUGUGGCGAUUCGCGAAUCGGCUGGAGAGGCGUUGAAUUGCAUCAAAAUGAGAAAGACUACGGGGAGAAGAAGACGGAGGAAGGGGAGGGGGAGGGGGAAGGGGAGCGGGAGAAAGGAAACAUGGCAAGUGUUAGAGCACAGCUGGAAGCAAUCAGGACCGAGCCGGGAUCUCUAGCAACUGCAGUUCAUCAUGAUCCGUCUGGAUCUGGGCUAGGACCACAGACGUUCCCGGGAACGAACCGGGAUCUGUACUCUUUCAGAGCUACAGAUCCGUUCCUCCCGCCAAGGUUGUACCCGACUCAGCCGACUGCCGCAGACGACCUCGCCCCUACUUGUAAGGCCUCUACUGCUCAGUAUCUGAUCCCUCCCACUACUGAAGUGUGUUCGUACACCAUGCUCCUUCUUGGAUUGGACGUGGCUAAUGAGCUGGGUGGUAUGCACUCGGAGUUCGACAUGAAGGUCGACGAUCAACCCGAAGCUAGCUCCGAGGCUACGUUGCAUGCGCAAGGUGUGCUGGCUCCAAUUCCCAUGCACGACCUGGAUGUCGUACUGAAUCAGCUAUCUUCUUCCCUUAUCAAGCGCGACGAGUGCCGUUCGCCAUUCGAAUCCAAGGAUUGCUCCUCGGUCAUCGACGAGAGCGAUGACGAGGCAGCCUGUGGCAGGAUCGAGCCCCGACGCUCCUCCCUCCUAACGGAGACUGCGGAUCAUCAUGGCGCCCAUGAAGGCUGGCAGGUGAGCUGGCGAUGCCUUUCUGGCUCAACAGACGCAGAGGAGGACAAUCUUUGUGCGGCUGGAGGGGGAAACGGAAGAGGAAGUGGCGGAGCGGGAGGAGAAGGAGGAGGAAGAGGAGGAGGAGGAAGAGGAGGAGGAGGAGGAGUUGGUUCUCUCAACAGACGUCGCCCGCCGGUCAUCUGCGUUGACAGCGCCCGACGACGAGCGGCAGCAGCCGGGGUCGAGCUCAAGGGAGAUGCCGGCGGGUUGCCGUCUACCCCGACCAGUUUGUUAUCAGACCGGUGCUUGAUGAGUCCCUCAGUUUCUCCAUCGUCCGACACGUGGCACACAGCAAACAACUGGCCCACUCCGCGUUUCACAGACAGAUCAACCUUGUCACGUCAGACGAGGAUUCUUCCCAGCCCUGGGAGCACGGCCUCUAGCGACCUCCGAUGGAAUGGACUUUGUCACGGGUCCGAACAUGGUCCGGGAACUGGUCCGGGAACUGGUUCUGAACCUGGUUUGCAAUCUGGUUUGGCAACCGCUUUGGGACCUGGUCUGGGAUCCGACUUGGUAUCAGGUUUCAGGUCCGAAUACGGUUCCGUAUCUGCACCGGGAACUGGUUCAAGACCUGGUUUGCCAUCUGGUUCGGCAACCACCUUGGGAGCUGGUUUUGGACCUGGUUGUGGACGUGGUUGUGGACCUGGUUUGGGAUCUGGUCAAGGAUCCUGCUCUGUAUCUGGUUUGGCAUGUCUUGCGGUACGCCCGGCCGGAGCUGGGAUGGAAUCCGCGACCGGAUCUGGGGUGGGAUCUCACGUGGGGUCGGGAUCUGUUGUGGAUCAACUAAGCAGCAACAACACGAACCUGGAGCGCUCCACGUGGCGCCUUGCUGGCCCCACGGGGAACAUUAGCCUGAGUGGACGUGGCGGCUUAGCGCCCGUCGACGUCGCGCAGAUCCAUGGUCAGGAGGGAUUGCCAGUUGUUGUAAGUGGAGGAAUCGCGAACACUCAGUCCAGAUCUCCAGCCGAAACUCAACGCUGCACAAUCGACGGCUACGCGCUUCCAGCUGACCUGAAGGCAAGCAGCAUGGGAACGGAUGGAGCAGAGGGAAGAAAGGAAGAGGAGGCAAGGGUGCCAGGUGAGCUGGGACCGAGAUCUGUCCGAUAUGGGCUUGAAGGAGGUAUGACCAGAGGAGUGGGGGCGGGAGCGGCGCAACCAUUUGCCGACAUGAGGUCGUCGUAUUCGUUGCCAGCAGCUGGGAGAGGGGAGGGAGAAUCAAAGGCAGCAGGUCGUCCGACCGGAGAGGGCAGCUCAGAGGUUAGAACGAGGGAUAACCUCGUCGAGCUGCGGAGCAACCCCUUGAACGUGAUGCAACGAGAAGGAGAACCUGGAGGAGGAGGAGGAGGAGGAGGAGGAGGAGGAGAGGCAGGAGGAGAGGCUUGGGAGGGGCGGGGAACGGAGCAAGGAGAAGGAGAGAGGUAUGCUGCCUCAGCCGUGGAUAUACUGGAAGGCGAGAGAGAGGGGCGCGGAGAGGUCAACGUACACGAGAGAGAGAGACAGGGAGGAGAGACGGGAGCCGCUGUCAACGAUCGGGGGGUCAUCAGAGCAGCAGGAGGGGGAGUAAGAGGAGGAGGAGACGGCAGAGGAGGGAAAAAACCACCACCGGAGGAUGACGCCGCACGGAAUGCGCGACAAACAGAAGUGUGCGACUCUAGCAAUCCGGCGAUGUGUGUCGCGCAAGUGCCGCCGGUCAGAACGAGGUCGAACUGCGAGCAUGAAGGUGUGAGAGCGGGAGAGGUAGGUGGCGUCUUGCCGGCCCGAUCAGAAACGCAGGGAGGAAACGAGAGACGCGAGGAGGUGGAGAAGGGAGGGGCGACAGCACAGUACCAAGAACAGAAGAAGAAGAAUGCUGAGUUCUCCUCACUUCGCGCGCCGUAUACAGUCAAGGCAAUACAGGCCGACGUGGGGGAGGGCGAGGCAAGAGGAGGCCUGCCAUCAUCCUCCAAUCCACCCGUGAAUGAUAAUAGCCCCCACUGCGGGGAGUCUGAGAGACAGCCUGAGCUUGAUCAGCUGCAAAAGCAACCACCACAUACCGAGGACAGCACUGCCGACACGUCGGAUCGAAAUCGGGAUCGGGAUCGAGAUCGAAUCGCUGCAGAAGCACGCGAGAAGAAGGGUACUUCCCCACAGAGCUCGAAAAGGAAGUGGUCUUCCUCCCCGGGACCGUAUGAGCUAGGAGAGCAGCUAGCUGUGGCGAAUAUUGACCCGCCUACCGGUCGCCCUCAUGCUCGUCCUUCGACUGGGAGCUUUGCUACACGCAGCGGGUUGGUCGGUGAUGCGCAUCAAGGCGGAGCCGUUCUUAGCAGCACUAACGGAGAGAUGGAAGUGUGCAGCAAUUUCAACCCUGUAGCAAGAGCAGGAAGACAAUCAGCCAUAGCCGGCCUCGAGAAAGAGUGUGGGGACUGCGGCGGAAGAGCAGUGGCGGCCGAGAAGCUCGGCUAUGGCAGCCAAGGAGGGAGCGGGAACACUGAGGACGACGUGAGUGACACUCGGCUCUUGCUUUUCCGCUCUGGGUCAGAUGAUAUGGGUAUGGAGCCCCUCUCCAUUGGUGAAGAAGAUUCAUACAUUCAUAGCUUGCACUGGGUUGGGGUAGCCCCCCCCCUCUCUCUUGACGAAACUUCCUUCGGGCAGGAAGAGGAAGGCAACGUCAGAGAUACACCCUUUGAAGAUGAUGGCGAUGAAGGAUUCGCCACGGCGACCUCGACGUUGAUCUCCGUGCCAGAAUUGACGUCCCCGUACAGCAGGAGCCCCACUUUCAUGCCCAGCGAUGGUGGCUCCGGCUCGAUUCAACCGCAAAAGGGGAGAAUGAAUGACCCUCAGGGAUUCUCCUCCUUCCCUGCAAAUCCGAGAGACACCACCCUCACACCAGAUCAUGGAGGAUUCGAUCUACCUGAGGAUCAACAUUACGGCGGUGGUCAUGCUCAUCGGCUUUCUCCUGUGGUUGUUGCGCCCCCUACGCCUCCACCAACUCCUCUGGCUCCUACCCCUCCCCCUCCCCCUCCUCUUCCUCUUGCUCCUCCUAUUGCUCCUAAUUUUGAUCAAUACCAGAGUGAACGGUUGGUUCAGCCGCUGAGCGGAAUGUUCUCUGCACUCGAGGGGUCGUUUCCGUUGUCGUCAACGAGUGUAACCAAUGUAGGCGCACCUAAUUUGCAUGCACAGCUCGCCCCUCGCUUUGGGUCGAUGAGAGGAGGAGGCGAAAGAGAAGGAGUGGGAGGGGUAGAGAGGGAAGACGCAGGUGAACGAGGAGGAGGAGGACGAACACGAGAACGAGGGCUCGCUACACGAGAUCGUCGAGAUGGAGGGGGGGAAGCGCAUGGUACAGGCGGCGGGAAGGAGGUGAGUUAUCUGAGGGCAAAGUUUGACGACGAAGAGCAGCUGCAUGUUGACCCCCAGUGUUCCUGGCUCGGCACGAGCGACGGAGGAGGGUUGCAGAUCCAUGCCGAUCAGGUCAACAGGGAGGGGAAGGGUGAGCGGCUGCUUAGUCAGUCAUCGGACGAAGCGCAGAGUGACACGUGGGCGAUCCCCAGCGAUUCCGCCCCGCGCAGAAGUGCAACCUUAUCUGCUGAAGAAGUGCAUUACGACUCCGCCGUGGAAUGGUCAGUCAUUGGUCAGGAUCAGGUUCCGGACGAGCUUCCAGAACUGGGAAACGACUGCCGAAAAGGGGCAACGGGAUCCCAAGCUGCUUCGGGAGCUCAGUACGGAGCUGCUGCUAACGUCAACAAUGUCAUGGAAACAGUUCCGCCCGUGUCCAAUCCAGAGCUGGAAGCGCCGGCCGUGCAGGAGAUGAAGCCCAAAGUGAAACGAGGCCAGGCCACCGAUCCCCAGAGCGUUGCUGCAAGGAUGCGCAGGGAGCGUAUCAGCAAGCGGAUGAAGAUUUUGAGCGCUAUCGUCAUGCCUAAUGCCAUUCCCAGCAAGGUAACUUUUUGAUAUUUUGUCAAACUUAAUCCCCUGGUGUGCAGGGCAAUCAUUGCUGGCAGGUGGACAGAGUGUCCAGACUCCCAAUGUGUAAUGGGUUGCUGGACCCGCUUUCCAGCAGGUGCAGCUGCGAACUAAAAGAUUGAAGCAACCAGGAAGCCCCCUAGGGGAGAGGUGCUCUUACCACACCUUCUAAUGGGGGGGCUGGCUUUCAAAGAAAAAGAAAAAUAGAAUAAAUACGAAAAGAUUCAAAAGAAUGAAUUAAAAAAGAAAAG